GUCAUUGGAGCGAGACGCUUGGUCGGUGCGAUUUGGAACUUCCCCUUUUGAGAGGCCAUCCAUUACGCGCCUUGCUGCUAUUAAUACUUAAGGCGAACAGUUGCCAUCCCUUUGACCCGAUGUAUAUGCCGAAGCUGGAUCUUAUUGACCAACAGCUUACGACUGUUUGUGUAUCUUGCCCUGGGCUCUAUCUGUAUUCUUUCAUCUCUUUGCGGAGAAGCAUCCGCUAUUAUUACUGUCGUCACAUCCAUACCAAUCCCCAGCUCAGCUCAUCUCAUUCCAUCGCUUCAGCUGGCCUCUCCCUGCAGAACCAAAACCCCGGCUCGUCGUCCAGGGUCUCCCGCCGGCUCCGCGGCCGCUGACUUGACAGCGCAAGAUUAAGACGGCGGAUCGGCUUCAUUAGUGCUUGCAGCAUUAACCGAAACGAAACACGACCGGCAGCUUCUCGAGCCUCAGAUAAAGGAGGGCCUCGCACUGCAUAGCAUUGAUCAGACUCUGAUACAGUACGGAAUUCAUCAUGGCCAUGCAAGACAAAAAGGUGCUGCCGAAGAGCCCCCUUCAUCGCCUUUCGAAGCAAUUCUUCGCCAAUCGCCAAGAUCCAUCUCCAGGCACGAGGACCUUAACACCAGCUUCUGCCGGCACCGUCAACGCCAUGCCGAGUCGUGCCGCCUCCGUUUCAAAGCAGGCCUUGGCCCGAACGGCCACGAUCCGCAGCGUGCCCAGCGUCGAGGGCUCCGAGACGAGUCCCGAGAGCAACCUCGCCAGCGGCCUCUCCAGCAGCGUCAACAGCAAGGCUAGCGCCCUGUCCGUCACAGCGUCGAAUGGCGCCCAGAUCGAGAGAGCACCGUCGCCUGCGGCCAAGCCUGAUGUCGACAACGCCGCCAACGCCAACGCCAACGCCAAUGGCCUCGUGCCUCGGGUUGUGGAAUCAUCGCCGGCCCCCGAAGAGGUCAGCGGUUUGGCGGAAGGGGACCACGACAACCACGAUAGCGCGCAGUGGGAUUCGACAAUUGGCAAAGCCGGCUUGGGAAAGACGGGCCGAGUCAUCAACAAACUCGUCAGCGACAACGAAGCCCUGAAGCGCGAAAUCAAGAUUGAGCAAUUGCGAGCAGAAGAAGCAAAGCAAGCGGCUAAGCUGGUCGAAGACAAGAUGGAGCGCAUGAUUAGCGACUACGAGAGCCGGCUACUAGAAGCAAACGUCACCAAGACGCUGCUGGCGAGAAAAGAGCGGCAGGUCGAAACACUAAUGGCCACGGUCGAUACCGAAAAGAAGAAGACGGUGGCGGCCCAGGAGCUGGAGCGAAACUGGAGGGACGAGAUGGAAAAAGUCAAACACGACGCAAAGACGCAAGUCGACGAUGCGACAAGCUACGCGCAGCUGAUGGAGGGCCGGUACAAUGCCAUCUCCUCCCAUUGGCGCGACCAGGGCGACGAAGUCAACAAGGCCAUCUCCACCAUCAAGACCGAGAUCAACACCAUCGUUGACGAGCGCAAGUCGGAUGACGAUAAGAUCCAGACCCUGCGAGACUUGUGCGAGCAGCAGGACAGCAACAUCCAGAAGCUACGGCGCGAAAAAGAGGACAUUGCGCGGUUGUUUGAGCAGUACAAGGAGACGCAGGAGAGCGACCUGAAGGAUAUGAAGGAGAACGCCAAGAAGACGGAAGAGGAGCAGCAGAGGCUAUUAGACGAAGCUCGAGAGACGCUUCACAAGCUGAGAUGGGCUCUAAAUGUUAAAGAGAACGUCCAGGGCGCCCAAUAAUGAAGGCAUUCCACCAGCACCACUUUCUCUUCAUCUGCGCUCCUCGGAUAUUCUCUUGCAUUGUUCCCCCCUAGGGUUCUCUUUUUCUUCACGGCCACACUUCUCUUGGCGUUAUUGCUCUGUAUUUUUCCAAACUUGCCGGUCGGUGCAUUCUCAUGGAGGCUCUAUGCGAAAUGGCUUUUUCUUACUUGCUCGACGUUUCUUUCUCCCGUUAUACUUCACACCACCUUUAUACAAUACACAGCGACUUAUAUAAUGAUACCACAUCUCCUCCGCCUCCCUCCCAUCGUCUCUUCCAUUCUUUUCUUUUUCUUCUUCUCGAAUUUUUGUCCUCUUUACUAUUAUUGUCCUUUUUACUAGUUUUUUUUUUCCCACUCGUUGCUAUUAAUUGUUUAAAGAGAGCGGCAAGUUGGCUGUGUACAGGAUAUGAUGUUCCUCUUCCCCUCUUUUAUUUUCUUCCUUCAAUUUUCCUCCUUCUACCUUUCGCAUGUUAGGAAGCCUUUGCUAUUACGAUACACUCGGCGUUGGAUGCAUUUAAACAAAGAACAAAGAAAAGAAGAAAUUUAUAUUGUAUUAUCUCUACUGCUGCGCUGUAUUUGGCCGUCUAGGAGCUCCAGCUUCUUAGAGCCAGGUACUGCAUGCUGGAUACUAGAUGCUAGAUCGAGAAGAGAUUUACCUGCGAGAGAAAUACACAUCGCACUUAGAUAAAUAAACGAAGAAACAAAGGGUCGGAUAUAGGCAUUAAGAGAAUGGCAAGAUAAGGAACACAAAAGCAAACACAAUAUACCUGUAUUGGAUAGAUUUGUACAUUGAAUACUUCCCUUGCUGUCAAUUUUUCAUGUGUCCUGGAUGUAGUCGGCUCUGGGUAUUAUAUUGGGUGCUAUUUGAGAGGAUAGAUAGACUAUCAAACCUGCUACUUCAAAUACCUAGGUAGGCUAUUGAAACAC